CUUGUGUCAAUGGCAUUUGAAGAUAAAGAGAUCCUUGAUGAGAACUGUCCCUUAGCAAACGUCAUGUGUGAAUACUGCAAUACCGUGCUCAUCAGAGAACAGAUGCCUAAUCACUAUGAUCUAGAUUGUCCUACAGCCCCAGUUCCGUGCACGUUCAGUACUUUUGGGUGCCCUGCAAAGAUGCAGAGGAAUCACUUGGCACGCCAUCUUCAAGAGAACACCCAAUUGCACAUGAGGAUGCUGGCCCAGGCUGUUCAGACUAUGAGCCUUGCCUUAGCUCCCAUACCCCAACCCAAUAUACAUCCCUAUGAUCCUUCCAGUUCAUCUCAGGUUUCCUCUGGGUGUCACCCAGAGGUCCAGAAUUUCCAAGAAACCAUUCAGCAGUUAGAGGGUCGCCUUGUAAGACAAGACCAUCAAAUCCGAGAGCUGACUGCUAAAAUGGAAACUCAGAGCAUGCACGUAAGUGAACUCAAACAAACUAUUCGUGCCCUCGAGGACAAAAUUACUGAAAUAGAAGCACAGCAGUGCAAUGGGAUUUACAUCUGGAAGAUUGGUAACUUCGGGAUGCACUUAAAAUCUCAAGAAGAGGAGAAACCUGUUGUCAUACACAGCCCAGGAUUCUACACAGGCAAACCCGGGUACAAACUUUGCAUGCGCCUGCACCUUCAGUUACCAACUGCUCAGCGCUGUGCAAACUAUAUAUCUCUCUUUGUCCAAACAAUGCAAGGAGACUAUGACAGCCAUCUCCCUUGGCCCUUACAAGGCACAAUACGUCUUACAAUUCUUGAUCAGUCUGAAACACCUGUACGGCAGAAUCAUGAAGAAAUAAUGGAUGCCAAACCAGAGCUGCUUGCCUUCCAGAGACCCACAAUCCCCCGGAACCCAAAAGUGCAGAGGAUGCAGAAGUGA